AUGGGUAGAUAUUCAGUGAAGAGAUACAAGACAAAGAGAAGAACGAAGGAUCUCGAUUUGAUCUUCAACGAACUGUCUUCCAAGGAAUCGGUACAGAAACUGCUAAAUCAGCCACUAGAUGAAACAAAACCGGGUUUAGGUCAACAUUAUUGUAUACAUUGUGCCAAGUAUUGUGAAACGGCUAUUGCAUUGAAGACACAUUUGAAGACCAAAGUUCAUAAGAGAAGAGUUAAAGAAUUGAAGGGUGUUCCUUAUACACAAGAAGUAGCUGACGCUGCUGCAGGUUGCAAUUUGAAUAAAUUCUUAAAUAGAGUGGAACAAAUUAAAAAUGGUGGUGUGGAAACAGAGAAGGAGGAAAAUGAAACCUUGUUGAAGCAACAUUUGGACGAAUCCUUGGCUAAUGUGAAAUCCACUGAACCAACCUUACCUUGGGCUGAUAAUAAUAAUAAUGAUAAUGAUAAUACAACAGAAGUAUCAGAACCCGUCCAAGAUGGUGAAAUUGUCAUGAAUUAA